AAUGGGCUUAUAUAUAUAUAUAUAUAUAUAUACACACUUAUUAUAAUUCUAACCUUAUUUCGAUUCCCUCUCAAAUAUAAACCCCUUGGGUUCUACAAGCUUCCAUCCCAGGGCAGAGUUAAUCAGGUUGAGACGUCGACAAAAGCAUGGCCAAGCAUCACCCUGACUUGAUCAUGUGCCGGAAACAGCCAGGAAUAGCUAUUGGACGCCUUUGUGAGAAAUGUGAUGGCAAGUGUGUUAUCUGUGAUUCUUAUGUGCGUCCUUGCACGCUGGUGCGAGUUUGUGACGAGUGCAACUAUGGUUCCUUUCAGGGCCGUUGCGUGAUCUGUGGAGGUGUGGGUAUUUCUGAUGCUUACUAUUGCAAAGAGUGUACUCAGCAGGAGAAAGACAGGGACGGAUGUCCUAAGAUUGUCAAUCUUGGUAGUGCAAAGACUGAUCUGUUCUAUGAACGUAAAAAAUAUGGUUUCAAAAAACGAUAGUACGGGUUUUUUUUUGGUCUGUCUAAUGGCAUUGUUUACUCGAAGUGUCCCUACGGAUAGGAUGGUGUUACAAUCUAAAGUCAAUUUUAUCAGAUGGGAGAUUAUGUACUUGUAUUUUAUGUGCCAACAUCUUGUUUAGGCUUAAAAGUAAAUGUUGAAUAUAUAAAUUUCUGUUGUUUGGAUAGCGUUAUGCGGUACUUGUGUUACAUGGAAUUAGUUAAGGUGUGUGCAAGUUGGUUUAGACAUCAUGGUAUCGAAAAAAAUGUAUGUUGUUUGGGUGUUUGGUGAUGGUUAGCUACUUAUUAAUGUCUCUUUAGCAA